UCUAGUUGGCUAAGUCUCCUGUGCCGAACGUUUGUAUCACACAAUAAAGGGAUAAAGGUAAAAUGAAGACCAGUGUGGUCAUCUUCCUCUGUAUAUACGGUGCUGUUACAGCGAACGAAGAUAUACACAAGAGGGACAAACGACAGGCAAGAUGGGGUUCUCAACGUUCAAGCAUGAUGGAUUGGUUCUUACGAACCAUGCGAUCUCAACAACCCCAACAACAAGGAUGGCAAGCUCUUACCCAAUCCACAAAUAACCAAUUUAGUAGAUUGCCCACUCCAACUUGGGCGCCUACUACUGUAGGAACACAAGCUAAUUUCGGGGGUCAAAACUGGGGUAACACCGCACCGACUCCAGCAGGAUUCCCUUCGAUGUUCAACGAUUUAUCAAGGUCACAAAAUAGUCUCCCAGCUCCGCCAACGUCUGCCAGCCCUCCUUCUCCUCCGCCAGGCCCAAAGCCGCCUACAAAGAAACGCACAUCUGGAUUCAAUCGGACCAGUGGACAUUCAAAUGUUUCAAAAUCUGGAGGGGGCCCUAAAAAACCUCGACCUGGACGCGGAAGUCCCACAGCAGGCCGUGGACCUCCAACAAGACCUGCCCCAACACCACCCGUUCCUACAUACCCGCCAACUUUGCCUCCACGGCCUAUAAGAAGGCAAAAACAAAGAAGAAAUAGACCAAGAUCGCAAAGCCGAUCAUUUGCUCCAAAAUCAAAUUUGAAAUUGGCGAGCAUGAUUCCGCCUUCGUUUUUACAAGGAUUGGGACGCGCGAUGGCAGAUAAACUGAGAACGAUGUGGCUAAAUCCACUCUAUCAGCAACAAGCAAAGGCCGCUGGAGAUAAUUUCGUUGUCAAUCCAAACCCUGUGAAUAUUGCCUACCAAGCCUGUCCUCCUACUAUCGUUUCUCAUCGCUGUGUCUACAAUCCAUGUCCUAGAUGUCGGAACCACCUCAUAGAAUGCUGGACCAACCCAUGUGGCGGAUGUACAGGUGAAAUGUACUUACGUGGAAGCAGAAUACAUGAUUGUGAAACUAUUUAAAGGUUACACAUCGCCAUUGCGUGGUUGAACGGUGCUCAGUAACAUUAAACGGAGGCUUAAACAACUUAGUAUAUUCAAAUGUAUAAUUUAGUAAGCUUUUAAUUGUAAAAAAGUGUUCAACCCUUUUAAUCCAUUAGUUCAAUGUCUCGCCUACGUGUGAACGGGGUUACCAUUGAUUUUUGAUAUAAGCGAAAAGUGGAUAAAACGGAAAGAAAUUAACGACCUGAAAGGCGGUGGAUUUUAAGACGACCUGAAAGAAGGUGGAUUUUCAGACGACCUGAAAGAAGGUGGAUUUUCAGACGACCUGAAAGGCGGUGGAUUUUAAGACGACCUGAAAGGCGGUGGAUUUUAAGACGACCUGAAAGGCGGUGGAUUUUAAGACGACCUGAAAGGCGGUGGAUUUUAAGACGACCUGAAAGGCGGUGGAUUUUAAGACGACCUGAAAGGCGGUGGAUUUUAAGACGACCUGAAAGAAGGUGGAUUUUAAGACGACCUGAAAGAAGGUGGAUUUUAAGACGACCUGAAAGAAGGUGGAUUUUAAGACGACCUGAAAGGCGGUGGAUUUUAAGACGACCUGAAAGGCGGUGGAUUUUAAGACGACCUGAAAGAAGGUGGAUUUUAAGACGACCUGAAAGAAGGUGGAUUUUAAGACGACCUGAAAGAAGGUGGAUUUUAAGACGACCUGAAAGAAGGUGGAUUUUAAGACGACCUGAAAGGCGGUGGAUUUUCAGACGACCUGACAGGCGGUGGAUUUCAAGUCAGUGAGCAGCAGUACAUCUUAAUUAGUGUUGCACCGUUUCUAAUUUCCCUGUGUAUAAAAUUAGCGGGUUAUUAUUAUUGUUAUAAUUUGAGAUUAUAAAAGUGAAUAAAUUAAUGUAUGUGGAUCAUUAA